CAGCAGCGAUCCCGGUGGCGCUGCGCGCUCCGUUCCGCGUCUGACUGCCGCCACCGCCUCCUUUCGGGGCGGGCCCUGGACCCGCCUGUAGGCGUUUGCGGGGGAGAAAGUAACAUGGUGGCCGCUUCUUUCCCGAACGGGAGCGGCUGCGGGUCCGGCGGUUCCUGAGGAGGCGACAGACGCGGGGAGAGGCUCCGGGACUGGAGCGCCGCGACCGUUGCGGCUGACGAGGGGCGCCCGGAAGCGGCUGUCCCGGGAGAGCCGGCAGCAGGAAAUACUGACGUAACCAUGAUAGAAGACAAAGGUCCACGAGUGGCUGACUAUUUUGUAGUGGCUGGACUCACUGAUACAGAUACUGCAACCCUCCUGGACCAAGAAAUAAGCAGACAUGAAACAAAGUCAACUGGUCCAAAGGCUCCAAUUACUGACAUUGCUGUGAUAAUUAAAUCAGCUGGUGAAACUGUCCCAGAGGGAUACACCUGUGUUGAAGCCACCCCUACAGCCCUUCAAGCCAACUUAAACUAUGGAAGUCUAAAGAGUCCUGAACUUUUUCUUUGCUACAAGAGAGGCCGGGACAAGCCACCUCUUACUGACAUUGGAGUUCUGUAUGAAGGGAAGGACCGCAUUAUUCCAGGCUGUGAGGUGAUCCAAGCUACUCCUUAUGGUCGCUGUGCUAAUGUUAACAACAGUUCAGCUUCUUCUCAGCGCAUCUUCAUCACGUAUCGACGGGCUCCUCCAGUGCGACCUCAGAAUUCAUUGGCAGUUACAGAUAUCUGUGUUAUCAUUACCAGCAAAGGAGAAACCCCUCCUCAUACAUUCUGUAAAGUUGAUAAAAAUUUAAAUUGUGGCAUGUGGGGUUCCAGUGUAUACCUUUGUUACAAGAAGUCUGUGCCAGCUUCUAACUCUUUAGCAUAUAAAGCUGGUUUGAUUUUUAGAUAUCCUCAGGAGAACUAUGAGUCCUUUCCACUGUCAGACUCUGUGCCUCUCUUCUGCCUUCCUAUGGGAGCUACUAUUGAGUGCUGGGACCCCCAAACGAAAUACCCACUACCAGUGUUCUCAACAUUUGUGCUGACCUGCUCUUCUGCAGAAAAGGUUUAUGGUGCUGCUAUUCAGUUUUAUGAGCCUUAUCCCCGGGAGCUGCUAACAGAAAAACAACAAUUGCAGCUGGGUCUCCUGACAGCUGUAGAAAGAAAAGUGGUUACUACCAAGUCCAUCAACUCCAACAAAUGCAUCUGUCUUCUCUCACACUGGCCUUUCUUUGAAGCAUUUCGGAAAUUUCUUAUGUUCAUCUACAAACUCUCUGUCUCUGGACCUCAUCCUCUACCUAUUGAAAAGCACAUAUCCCAUUUUAUGCACAAUAUACCUUUCCCUUCACCACAAAGGCCAAGGAUUCUUGUGCAGCUCUCUGUCCAUGAUGCAUUAAUAUUGUCUCAGCCAGUUUCUACACCAUUGCCAUUAAGUGGAGCAAACUUUAGCACUCUGCUCAUGAACCUUGGACCUGAAAAUUGUGCCACUCUGUUACUCUUUGUAUUACUAGAAGGCAAGAUCCUCCUCCAUUCUCUUAGACCAGCUGUGCUGACAGGAGUUGCUGAAGCUGUAGUAGCUAUGAUAUUUCCAUUUCAGUGGCAAUGUCCAUACAUCCCCCUCUGUCCUUUGUCUCUGGCCACCGUACUCAGUGCACCUGUUCCAUUUAUUGUUGGAGUUGAUUCACGAUACUUUGAUCUGUACGAUCCACCACAGGAUAUUGUGUGCAUUGACUUAGACACAAACAUGGUGUACAUAUCAGAUGAUAAGAAAAGCACCAACUGGAAGCAGUUUCCUAAGAAGCCAUGUAAAAGUCUGCUAAGCACCUUAAAGAAACUGCACCCACAGCUGGCAGCAGUUCACAGGAAAACUCAAGAAGGCUCUGCAGUGGAGAUGACUCCAAUUGAGGCAGAUUUCUCCUGGCAGAAGACAAUGAUGGAGCUGGAGAUGGAAAUCCAGGAAGCUUUUCUCCGUUUCAUGGCAUCUAUUUUAAAAGGCUACAGAACAUUCCUCAAGCCAAUCACACAGGCACCUUCAAAUAAAGCAACUGCUGCUGAUUCCUUGUUUGAUCAUCAAGGAUUUUUAAAAAGCAGAGAUCGUGCCUACACAAAGUUCUACGUGCAUCUCACCAAAACACAGAUAUUCAGCCGCUUUAUCGAGGAGUGCAGUUUUGUGAGUGACAAGGAUACUGGCUUGGCAUUUUUUGAUGACUGCAUAGAAAAGCUCUUUCCAGAUAAAGGAACAGAAAAAGGAGAGAAGAUUGAUGUAGAUUCUGUUGAAGAUGCACGGUUGAUUGAACUCGAUGAGUCACAAAAAAGUGAACACACAGUGUUCAUAAUGCCACCAGAGCCUCCUGCUGAUGAUGGACAGGUGCCACAAUACAGCUAUAAAAACUUCCCACGCCUGGACUUCAAGCUUUUUGACAGGCCACAGGAGCUUAAGCUCUCCUUCACCAGACACCCAGCUGGAAGCAGCAUUUCAAAUAGUCCAGCACUCAUGGCAAAGAGGACAAAACAGGAGAUAAAAUCAGCCCAUAAAUUAGCGAAGAAGUUCUACGUAAGCCCCCCACAGUGGGCUAAGUGUCUCUUCAGUCAUUGUUACAGCUUAUGGUUUAUUUGUCUGCCAGCCUACAUCAGAGUUGCACAUCCCAAGGCCAAAGCACUGCAGCAGGCAUACGAUGUUCUGAUCAAAAUGAGGAAAACUGAUGUGGAACCACUAGAUGAGGUCUGCUACAGAGUUGUAAUGCAGCUCUGUGGACUGUGGGGUCAACCUGUUCAGGCUGUGAGAGUCCUCUUUGAAAUGAAAAAUGCUGGAAUACAGCCAAAUGCCAUCACCUAUGGUUAUUACAAUAAGGCAGUUUUAGAAUCUCCAUGGCCUAGUAGUAACCGCAGUGGCAUAUUCCUGUGGACAAAGGUACGAAACGUAGUUCGUGGCAUAGCACAGUUUAGGCAGUGCUUAAAGAGACCAACGCAGAGCCCUCAGCUCCCUGUGAUACCAGCUCUGCGGAGUACCACAGGUGGAAGUGAUGGGGACAUGGUGAGCCAUGGUAGCGUGGAUAGUUCUAAUGAUGCUAACAGUGGGGAGCACACUCUCUUCGUCAGUGACUUAGUCAGGCUUGAUUCCAUUGAUAAUCACUCUAGCACAGGUGGCCAGUCAGACCAGGGCUACGGAUCCAAGGAUGAACUUAUAAGAGAUGAUGGGGAUAGCCUUUUUGCAACUGGAACACGAGUAGAGAAAGAUACUUCUUCUACAGCUGAAGACAUAAGAGGAGAGAUUUGUGCUGAGAAAUCUGAUGAAAAGCAACAGCUGGAUAUAGAAACUCAUGGUUCAACAGAUCUGCCUGCUUGGGGUAACAGUAUUGUGAAAGCUCCAUCGGGCAUUUUUGAUAGCAAUGGAAGGAAAAACAGUGGUGAAACUGCUUCUAGUCCACUGUUCGUAACUCAGGAUUCAGUUGAAGAUGUAGUCUUUGUUGAUGUUUCUCCUAAGAAAACAAGUGAAAAAGGACAGAAGAGGCAGAAAAUGUUUUCAGAGAGAAGCUGCAGUUUCAGCAGUGAAAGCAGAGCGGGAAUGCUGCUGAAGAAAAGCAGCUUGGACUUGCAUUCUAAAGAAAUAGCAAUAAUGAUGGGAGCAGAUGCCAAGAUUCUAACAGCAGCUUUAUCUGGGGCCAGAACUUCACCCUGUCAAAUGAAUAAAUCCUACAGCUUUGAAAGUAUCAUUGACCAGCAGGUUUCUGGCAUAAGUAGCACUAGGAGCUGUGUGGCUGAGAGCACUUGGGAAUUGGAGCAGAGGUCUUUACCAGUGCUGGAAGAACCUGGAGAAGGGCAGGAACAUCUUGAGAAUGGAAAAGAUGAAAACGUGACUACAGGGGAAGACACAAACUUUGAACAGUCAGAUGAGUCUGAAACCCAGAAACUAGAAUCCAAAGAUACAACUGCUAAAAGGAACAGCUUUUAUGCAGUGGUUAAACCUAUUGAAAGGGAAGAUGUUGAAGCAGGCUUGGACCCUCUGUCUUUGAUGGCUACUGACAGCACACAACCAAGGCAUCCAGAACCUGAGGAAAAGUUGAUGUCACCAGUUGCAGCACGUAAUUUGGCAGAUGAAAUAGAGACCUAUAUGAAUCUGAAGAACCCAUUGGGUAGUAAGUUUCCCAGUAUGGAACUGCAGAAGCCAGACAGAGAAGCAGAAGCUUCUGGUACACUUGGUCACUCCCAAGAAAGGAGGUCAAGUUUGCCUUUGGAUCCUGUCCUGCCAUCCCCCAAGUCUUAUGAAAAUCGAAGAAGUCCAUCUGUCUCCAGGUCCAAAACAUUCACUGGACGACCAAAGCAACAAACCCAUCCACGAGUCCAAAAGGAGAGAUCUUCAUCUUUGACAGGACUGGGUCGUUCUUCUCCACAUGGCUCAUUAGGAUCUGUUGUAACAACUUUAUCCAGUCUGAAGUUAGACAAUAUACUGUCUGGGCCAAAAAUGGAUGUUCUGAAAUCAGGCAUGAAACAGGCUGCCACUGUGGCCAGUAAGAUGUGGGGAGUUGUAACUUCAGCAUAUAGUUACUCAGAUGAUGAGGAAGAAAACAAUCGACCAGAUUUUAACUUUCCUGCUGGUUUUGAAGAUAAUAUUUUAGGAGAUAAUCUGUCAUCAAGAACUGGAGCCCCAGGGCUAAUUACGAAUGAGCUUGCACAAAGCACUACUAGUCUUGGCAGUAGCAGUAGCAGUGGAGAUGCAGGAAGACAGAAUUACAGUGCAGGUGAAGUUUCAUUCCCAAGAAGUAUGAAAGUUCUAGAUUCUGAGAAGUCAGAGCACAGUUCUUCUUAUAAUACUAGUUUAUCCAGCAUUUUCCAGAACUAUGCUAUGGAGGUAUUAAUGUCAAGCUGCUCUCAGUGUAGAGCUUGUGGUGCUUUGGUUUAUGAUGAAGAAAUCAUGGCUGGAUGGACAGCAGAUGAUUCUAACUUGAACACAACCUGUCCUUUCUGUAAAAGUACCUUCCUACCUUUACUUAAUGUUGAAUUUAAAGACCUACGUGGCUCUGCAAGCUUUUUCCUGAAGCAAAGUACCUCAGGGGAUAGUUUACAGAGUGGUACCCUUCCGUUAGCCACCGAUGCUCUGGAGCAGAAACUGUCCAGUCCAGCUGUUGGUGACUUGAUCAGUUUUUCAGAUCAUCCACAGACCAGCCACACUAUAGCUGAAGAAACUGGCUCUUCUGCUGAGCAGAGUGAUGUGUCAGAAGAACAAAGUAAAGAUCCCCGAAUGAUGAAGACAUCAUCCAGUAAUCCACCAAAAAGGGGAGUGUCCUUGACUCGGAGCCACAGUGUUGGAGGUCCACUGCAAAACAUUGAUAUUUCCCAGAGACCAUCUCAUGGCAUUUCAACAGUUAGUCUUCCAAAUAGUUUGCAAGAAGUUGUGGACCCUUUAAUGAAAAGACCUAACCCUCUCCCUGUAUCUGUACCCUAUUUGAGCCCUUUGGUACUGCGUAAGGAGCUUGAAUCACUGUUGGAAAAUGAGGGAGAGCAAGUAAUUCACACGUCCAAAUUCAUCAAUCAACACCCUAUAAUUUUCUGGAACCUAGUUUGGUAUUUCCGACGGCUGGAUCUACCUAGCAACUUACCUGGACUCAUUCUAACAUCUGAACACUGUAAUGCUGGAGUGCAGCUUCCUUUGACAUCUCUUGCUCAAGAUAGCAAGUUAGUAUACAUCCAACUUCUGUGGGACAAUAUCAACCUCCACCAAGAGCCGGGGGAGCCCCUGUAUAUAUCUUGGAGAAAUCUCAAUUCUUCUGAAAAGAGACUCUCCACAGUUGCAGAAGAUGAACAGGCAAUAAACACUUUGUUGGAGGACAUCAAACUAAGUAUUCAACACAAUAAUGUAGUUAAACCAAUCAACCUCCUUCUGCAGAAAGUUCAGCCAGAUGUGAAACGACAGAGGAGUUUUUACAGAGAAAUUCUUUUCCUUUCUCUCGUGUCUCUUGGAAGAGAGAACAUUGACAUUGAGGUCUUUGAUAGUGAAUACAGAAUUGCACAUAAAAAUCUACCAAAGGAUGUCCUUGGAAAGAUGCAGAAAAUAGAUGCUCCACCAAGCAGCAGAGUUGAGUGUUGUAGAAAGUGCUUUGGAGCACCCUUAAUAUAAAAAUGAGGAAGAUGCACACUACCCAUCAGCGAGACAGAAGUUAAGAGGUGAACGAAGCAGGAGCAUGGUGAUACUUCCGCUUUGAAUCCCAAAAUGUAAUAAAAUGAGCAAUGUGUCAAAGCAGUUUCGUUGAGCUACAAUGUAUAUUCUUGUCUUUCAUCUCAUGAGACACAGUACAAAGUGUGUUAAAAUGUUUUAAAACUGUAUUACAGGAUGAAUUGAUUUAGGUGAUUGAUCUGUUGGUUUUUUUCCCUCCCUGUGUAUACUUUUCCUUCCUCAAACCUUUCCCCCACAAUAACAAGAUGUUCAAAAAGGCGAGGAUUACAGAGCAGCCUAUAGUUGGUGGCUUUAUUAAGGGCCACCAAUAUUUGUGUAUUUUAUAGAAAUACCUGUCCUGCCAGAAAAUACUUAUUCUUCACUGCUUCUUUAAAAAUACCUUUAACUAAAGAGAGAUCUUUUUAUUCAGAUGUGUAUGAAUGUAAAUAUUUGAGUCCCUGCACUGGAAGUUGCAAUGCUGUUAUAUAUGUUAGAUCACAGUACUUAAAAUGACUAUCCCUUUUUUGACCACUGUCCCAGUCACUAUUGUACAUUCUCUUUGGCAGACCAUUUUCUAAUGUAUGUUUACAGCUGUAAAAAACAGAAAAUUUUCCUGUAUUCUCCUGACAGAUGAAAGAUCCUAUGAACAUAUUGGUGCUUUCUCCAAAGGAGUGAUUAGGCUUCUACACAAAGUAGCUCAGAAAUAGACAGCUUUCUGAAAAUCAGACAGGAAGCUUAAGUGUUAUUAGAGUACACGUAAGGUUUGUCAAAGAGAUACUAUCUGAAAAAAAUAUCACUUAUACACUCUGAGUGUAUGCCUAAAAAGGGUCUUUUCCUUGAAUUCUUUAUCACCCUCUCCCCUGUUUUCACGGUAGCCUGUGGUUUAAUUGUUUUGCACUGAUAGUCUAAAUUCAAUAUUUCAAUUAAUAUGUAUUUAUGAAUAUAGUCAUCAAGGUGUAUAUUGUCACAGAGGAAGUGCCUGAGUAAUGUGGUCUGAAGAGAUUCAUCUUUUGGAUUGCUUCUAGUAGAUAAGACACUUCCUCACCUCACAGAGCUGACUGACUACAGUAGUCAUAGUCUUGGAAAGUAGAGCUUAGAUACUGGUCAACAGUUUAAAUGUUUCUGUUACUUGAGAAAUAUGAUGAGAUAUAUUCCAGGGUUUUUUUGCUGAAAUUUAAUGGUGUGGUUUUUCUGGUGGAAUUAUUUGUAGAGAAUAGGAAAGGAAGUUUUGUAGCAUAUUAAAGGAACAUAGCUAAAACUGUAAUUGCAUAGGAGCAUGAAUGUAUUUACGUCAUACUACUUUCUCUCUUAAAAAUUUUCAUUCUUGAAAAUUAUGAGGGAUAAAGAUCUGUCUGGAACAGCUUCUACAUAAAACAACAGAACUAACUCUUUGUUUUUUCAUGAAGCUGAAACAAAGGAUUUGCGCUAUUUCUGACAAAAUACAUUUACAUCACAGACAGAUUAUUUGUAUUUGUUCGAAAAGGGCCGGUCCUAAGUUAAUAUGGGGAUGUUGCCUGGACAGAUUCUCUCCUGAUGAAAAUAUUGUGCUUCCUCAGUAAUUAAAAGGAGGAAAGCACUUUUUAUUUCCACUCUUUAUUCUUUGGGUUUAUGCAUGACUGCUUGCAGAUAUGACCUACAUCGCAAUGAAAGAGCAGAGCUUGAUUCUUCCUGGUUUCCUCUCUUCUCCUGUUACAUAAUUGACACAUGCAGUUCCAUCCUUUUAAAUAAAAAGUCUCUCUGAAGCAUGCAUCCAGACAACAUAAUACUUACACAAAUCAAAACUGCAAAUUUUCCUGUAUACUUCUGUACUAUCUCAAACAUAGUUAUACAAAGACAAUUUUGAGUAUUAAAUCAUCAAGCCAUAUGAUUAUGUGAUGCAACUCACAAGGAAUCAAGUUUUGAUUACCCUUAAAUUUUCCCAGCUCAUUAAAUUACAAAGAAAAUAUAUCCAGUGAGCGCUGUUUAGAUGAUUGAUGAUGGCAAAUUGUUUUAAAUCAUUAUAAGUAAUAUUAUUUUAAACUAUACUCUGCAAGAGAUCACCUUCAUUUCAAAACAGCCUUUCCAUCUGUUGCAGAAAAUGCAUACCAAUCAGGCGGUAGUAUUGUAGAAAUAGGAAAGCAUGUUAUGUCACAGCAUCUAGUACUAAAUGUUAGAGUUUCCCCAGGCAUACACCCUAAACGAAAAGCCCUAAAGCCUGAGGGGAAAGGGCUUUGAUUUGCUUCUGCAUAUUGGCAUUUUUGUACACAACAAGUUCAUUUCUAUUCCUGUUGCAUGUACCUGGCUUUCAGAGUGGUAUAAUACUUGCAUGUAAUAACUUGAAAUCUUGAAUCUACCUAUUUAAAUUAAUUCUUUAAUAUAGAGGAACAAUUUAAGUGCUUACUCUUUUUAAUUUGGAUUCCUCUUAAUGUCUAGUUUUUAAUAGCUAACUAAUCAGGUGGUUUGUGAAUUAAAUUUGUAGUUCAAACAAAAGGGGAGAUCCCUGAAAGUAAUUUGUAAUAAAGUAUUUAUCUAUGGAGGUGCUUUUUUGGAGAUAAAAAGAAGUUCACAUAAAUUGACGGGAAUUUAGAACUGAGUGUUUUUUUCCUAGUUGCUUUUUCUCCUUUCAAAAGCAUUAUAGCACUUCCUGUUCUUCCUUUGACUUUUAAGCUUCUUACAAACUCAUAGACACUGCAGGUUUUCCGACACAAGCUUUCUGAGGUACAGGUUUCCUUGAUUUGAGUGAUGAAAAAAACUGAGUACACAUAAGGAAAGGGCA